AUGGAUUCAGUAUAUGGACAUUAUAAUCAGAACGCUUCAGAAAAAAUUAAUAUAAAGGAAUAUUUUUCAAGAUAUUCCAAUAUUAUUAAGCCUUGUUAUCUUAGUUGUUUGGCUUCAACAACCGAUCAAUCUAUUCUUAAAAUAAUGAAAAAUGAUUUAGGAAAUGAGGAAAUGGAUUUGUUGUCAGAAUACUGCAGCGAAGAAAAUUUAACUAUACCCGGAGAGAUUCCUAGAUUGAAAGAAAAUCUACCAAUAAAAAAUAAAGACUUACGUAAAAAGUAUGGAAAAAUCAAUAAAUACAAUGAAAGCACGAUUGAUCUUGCUGUACCGUACGAAGAUAUUUUCAUUGAUAUUAGAAUAUAUGAACCUUUUAUGCAUUCAUCGAAUCAUAUGAAAAGUAACUACAGAAAGGCAAGACCUACCUUGAAAUAUGUGAUAACAAUGUUAGGGAAACAGACGCUUGCUGAAUUGCGCGAUAAAAUAAAAUGCUUAUCCGAUUUAUCAAUUCCAGUAGAAACCAGUGAUAAUCCUAAUCAAUCAUUUCAACCAUUGGCAAAAGAUGUGUACAAAUCAGGCUUCUUUUAUAUAGAAGAUACAUUUUACAACGACUUUAGAGAUCCAGCAAAUAUAGAUUAUAGCGAAGUAAUAGUAGAAUGGGCAAAGAUAAAACAAUUAGGACCAUUUCAUACUGAUUCUAUGGAAAAAGUUACAAUAGAUUCUCUUUCUGUAAGAUUUGGUUAUCCAUGGGUAUAUCAGCAUCAAGGCUUUUGUGAACAUCUCAUUAUAUUCAGUGAUGCAAGAUUGGUACAACCUUAUGACGAAUUACAUAUAUCUGCAUAUCCAAGAAUACAAAGAAUCAGACCCCAAAGAGCUAACUACUGCUUCAUGUGCGGAAUUCUGCCUGUUAGAUGGAUUACAACGGAUCACGAUAGAGUACCUCAUAAUCCUUGCUUUUUUUAUAGGAAAUUUUAA